AUGGCUCAAGAAUGCACUGAUAGCACCGUGGCAAUCUCUUCCUCUACGCCACUAAACUGGUGGGAUCUUCACCAUGCAACCUCACUCUCUUCAUGGACUCCUACCAGUCCAUGGCACCAACUGUCAAACCCUAGCUCUAACUCCUCUUGUGAAGAGGAUCUUUCCAUGUCUACAUCCUUUACUAAUGCUUCUAAUCACUCUGGACUAACCGUUGAGUCCGCUCGCCAACUUGUUGAGCCUGCUUCAUCAACCGAAUUGAUGGGAGAACAUGCUUCAGAUAACCAAAUCUGGAGCCAUAUUCUACUCGGAGUUGGAAGCAAUGAAGAGUUGGACAACAGUCAAGAAGUUGGAGAAAACUUACUUGACGCUUUGUCAUCCAAGACUACUAGUACUAUCUCAUCUGGGAUAUUUGGACCAGCUUGUGACUACUUCAAGAAAAUGGACAACAAUUGGGAAUUCACGAACCCCACAUCCUUUAACAACUUCGAAAAGCAUUUAAACGGUUUCAGUGAGAGCUUGAUUGGAAUUAAUGGAACUAAGUUGAACAAGUUGGUCGGCCACUUGUCUAUUGCCCCGCCUAACCCAGAAGUAAAACGCCAAUUAUUCGAUCCACUGACAUGCAACAUAUCGUUGAGCCCUUCUGUAAAUCACGACUCCAGUCAGCAUCAAACUUACAGAAACUCCACACCAUGUUUAAUGGGAGAAACAAGAAAUUCAGAUUUUCAGUCAUGUUAUGGCCAUGACCGAAAAGUAGAGAACGAACAUCGUGAAAGACCUACGGCUCCUUUUAGACGGUCAUUUAAUAGCAAUGGUGUUGGAUACCAUAGUGGACUUAACAGUUCAGUGGUAGGAGAUAACAGCAAAUACUACUAUGGCCUGCCUGAGGCUACAAGCAGAUCAAGUGCAAGAAAUUUUGGGGAAGUUUUAACGUUUAGUAACCGAUUAAGCAAGCCACUGAUUGAUAUUCAAGUGCCUAAGCCUUGCUUUAAAUCAAUCAAGUUAUCUGAUAGUAGAAAGCAAGGGCUCCUAGCUUCUUCGCUGACAGGAAAAGGACAUGGAACAUCAAAUGAAGGGAAGAAGAAAAGAUCUGAAGAAACUUCAGAGACGGCUGUAAAGAAAGCUAAGCAUGAGAGCUCUACAGUUUCAUCUGUAAAGAUGCAAGCACCAAAAGUCAAGCUUUCCGAAAGAGUCACGGCCCUUCAACAAAUUGUUUCGCCAUUUGGGAGGACUGAUACUGCCUCAGUGCUAUAUGAAGCAAUUCAAUACAUACAAUUAUUGCAAGAGCAAGUGCAGGUGCAGUUACUGAGCAAUCCUUGCAUGAAGACUAAGAACUCACACAAGGAUCCUUGGGUAGGCUUGGAUAGAAAAGACAAGGGAGAUGCAAAACUUGAUCUCAGAAGCAGAGGUCUUUGUUUAGUUCCUAUUUCAUGUACCCCUCAAAUUUAUCACGAAAACGCAGGCUCUGAUUACUGGACACCUCCCUACAGAGGGGUUCUAUAUAGAUGA